AGAAAAUCUGCUACCGGCGCAGAAAUUGUCGACACAAUAAAUAAAAAUGGAUGAAAUUCGCAGCAGUUUGGACAACAUAAUUGCACGUUUCAACGAUAGUAUAACACAUUCAGCACCCAAAAAGCUGAGCUUCAACAGAUUGAGCGCCUCUUUCAAUGACUCGGACACAGUUCCAGUCUCAACUAUAAAAAAGCGACGACUCGAUAGCUUGGAUAAUGGUGCAUCCAAUAUCAGCCUUAACAUAAGCGGCAAUGAGAGUUCGCCAAGGAACUACGGUCCCGGCCAGUGGCAGUCGGAUAAUGUUCGAGCUGAACUAAUAGAGGCAAAAGCUAUUAUCAAACAGCUGCAGCACCAAAUUGAGCAGAAGGAAAAAGAUCAUCGAAGCGCCUUGAUGCAGUCGGAAAGCAAGAGCUCAGCGCUUAAAGAGCAAUGCGAUUAUACAAGCGCCAAAAUGAGCGAGCUGGAGAAGCACCUGCAAGUAGUCCGAAAGCGGGAGCAUACUGCCAAGCAGGAGGUAAAUCGAGCGUUGGCUGACUUGGCACAGCAAAAGAACAAGUACGAACAGAUGAUAAAUCAGCUGAAGCAAGAAAAGCUGCAUCAGGAAGAGGAUGCUCGUGAUGUACAGAGCUGCAUAAACAAUGAACUUAGUGAAUAUCGUCGCCUAUUCGAACGCACAGAUAUGGAGCUGCAGGCCACUCGCAAUGGAAUGGAGCGCAUGCGUCGCAGGCAUGACGAGUACAAGAUACGGGCAGCAGCAUUUGAUGAUCUCAAGCUAAGCUAUGAAAAGCAACAAAAUGAACUAAAUAUGGCAAAUUCGCGUAUAAAAGAGCUGGAGUUUGAAAUCGCUUCCUACAACGAUUGGAAGGAAGUUACAAAGACAUCCCAGGCACGGCUUCUCAGUGUGCCUGACAUGCAGGCGGAGUUGGAGCGUCUGCGUGCCAAUAACCGACACUUGCAUUCUCUCAUUGGAAAUAAGCUGUUGCUUGAGGAACAGGUGCACGACUACAAGGCUCGUCUGGACAAAGAGGAGGGCGGUCGGGCCGAGGCUGCAUCUCUGCAGGUGAAACUCUCCCAUGUAGAGCAGGAAUUAAAGGAAUGGGUUAAGGUAGCUCAAGACCACUGUCUGCCCAACACACUAGUCAGUCCCUUGGCAUUACGAUCGCGCCUCGAACAACUGUUACGCGAGGACAUAGUGCGAGUGGCUGAAAAGAGCUCCUCCGAGUCGGACACCAAGCAUUUGCAGACGAUGGUACGAGAACUGGAACAGAAGUGUGCCGUCUACAUGAAGAAUAUCGAAGACAUGAACAUGAUACUGAAGCGCAACAAAAACUUCAAAGAACGUCUGCAACGUAAGCUACUUAUGGUCAGCAAAGAGCGUGAUUUCUAUAAGCAGCUGGUAGAGAACUUUGACAAGGACUUGACUAUAUCCAAUGCCAGCACUGCAGAAAUGACCAACGACAUGCAGGUACGCUAUCGAGUCGAGGUACUGGAACGGACAGUGGCCGCUUACAAGGAUAUGUGUUCAACGCUAGAGCGCGAAAUUCAGGCAAUGAGACAACAGGAGGUUCUCCCCGAACCAUGUAGCGAGGGCUACGACAGCGUUAAGAAGGAGCUGGACACUUUGCGUAUGGAGAACGAGCGCUUGCGUCAUCGUAAGGACGAGCUAGAAUUGGAGCUGGAACAUCGUUGUCUGCGCGGCGAUUUUAACAUAGACAAGUACAAGGUUGUCCACUUGAGCAACAAUCCAGCAGCCGAGGCCUAUGAAAACUCCAAGAAUAUUGUGGAGAAAUUACAGGCGGAGAUUGAACGUCUCAAGCGUAAAAAUAAAAAACUGGAGGAAGACAACGAAAGCACACAGGCACGUUUCAACGAAACUGUAGGCAUGACCAUGAACUUCAAGGAAGUAAAUCAGUUGCGCACCGAGCUCGAGUCGGCCAAUGCAAAAUAUAAAAAAAUGAAGGAUUGCUUUAAGGCGGCCAGCUUGGAGUUUCGCGAUGUAUGUUAUAUGCUGCUGGGGUACAGAAUUGACCGUAUUGGCGUCAACAGUCAUUAUAGGGUAUCCAGCAUGUAUGCUGAGAGUCCAGAUGAUUAUCUGGCUAUACGCCUGAAUGAAUCGAAUUGCUUGGAGCUGCUGGAAACGCCAUAUUCCCAAACCACAUACCUUAAACCGCUUACAAAUCAAUUGGCGGCUAACAAUUCAUUUCCCGCGUUCUUUUCCGCUCUCACAUUGGAGUUGUUUCAACGCUCUACGAUAACUAUAACGUAAAUUUUAAUGAUAAUUUCAUGUCAUGUCUGCCAAUAAAAUUAGAAGUUUGGAUUAGUUUAAA